AUGACCGAGCUGACUAUUGUCAGGUUGUUUCUCAUCAUGCUAUACGUCAAACGCGCAACGUUCGGUGCAAUGGCUUUGUACCAGGCAGAUCAAGGUAGCGAGCCCGAUGACUUCAGCACGAAAGCUAGCAUCAUGUUUGUUCGCCUGCCAAGUGGGUCGUUCGUCUUGAUGAUGAAGGUCAGGGAGCCCGUGUCGGAGACGAGGCAUAGAUUUUAUAGUGUGAUAUUAACCGCAGACGUCUCGUUCCGAUUUGACGAGGGCCCCCCGUCCAUGCAAUGGCUUCAGCAUGACACCUCGUUCACUAUUCAAUUCAGCAACUCCGAGGAACUGAGAGCCUUGGUGCAAUGCAUCCUGGUCGCACGGGCCAACGAGACCACAAACGCAAACGACGUCACAAUUGCUCUGCAUGAAGUCAAUGCCCUCCAGGCACAAAUCAAGUGCAAGGGAGAGGCAGCAUUUGUGGCUGCCGUGGAAGCCCCAGUGUCUAGCUGA